CUCUACAUACCACCACUCUUAGUAACCAGCCCUCCGACCUAGAAUGCCCUGGAGGAUGCUGACCAGUCUUCUUAGUCACAUGUUGUUACCAUUGGUCUGCACAUUUUCCGCCGUGGAUAUUGGUACCAGUCCAUUUACAGCAAACCGGGCUCCAUUGUCACAAUCUCAAGACUGACGUCUGACCGGCCCCACCGAUCAAACAGCAGAGAGCAAUCUCACUUGUCAUCGGCCCUUACGCUGAUGCCAGUGACAAACUCUUUCGGCCUUCCAGAUAUUGAUACGCAUGGAUCUAACAAGCCGAGAUUUUUCGGAACCAAUAUCGGCCACCCUUCGGAGUCAGCGGCAACGCAUCGUGAUAUCAUGAAUAAAUACAUCUAUGAGCCAUUUCCCAUAGUUUAUUGUGUUCUCGUUUAUGGAAAUUCAAGUACUCGCUGAAGGGACAACUGUCCUACUACUCGAUAAAACAUAGAAUCAUCAAACAAUCUAUUUUUAACUACCUACCUAGGUAUAUACUGGCAUCAUGCCUCACUCCUUGCCAUCGUCGCCUAAGUCGACACCUUCAGAUGGCCGAAACGGUAUUACCAAGUUCACCAACUGUCGUAUCUUGAAGAACGACAAGUUAGUCGAGGAAGACCUAUGGGUCAAUUCCAUCACUGGAAAAAUCAUCAGAAGCCAAGCUGCUUUCUACGAUGAUUUCAUUCUCCCUGACGAGGUCGUCAACCUAGGUGGACGUAUCUUAUCACCGGGUCUCAUCGAAUGUCAGCUGAACGGUGCUUUCGGUUUCAACUUCUCUACGCUUCUUGAGCCUGCUGUCUACGCGAAGAAGGUCAAGGAGUUGAAUAAGCAAAUGGUCAAGACCGGCGUCACGUCCUACGUCCCCACCAUCACAAGCCAACGAAGCGAACUCUACAAGCGGGCGUUGCCACAUCUCGCACCGUCCGGGUACUUGCAGGUCGCCGAAGAUGGAGCGGAAUCGCUUGGCGCACACUGCGAAGGCCCAUUCUUAAGCCCAACUAAGAACGGAGUACAUGACGUAGAUGUGCUGCGAGUAGCCGAGACCUUCGAAGAUUUGGAAGAUUGCUACGGCGCAUCAAACCUCAAUCCCGAAACCACAUUCCGUCCUCUCCCGAUCAAGAUGAUAACCGCCGCGCCGGAGCGGGGACAAAUGACGAAGCUCAUCCCCGAACUUACGAGCCAUGGCAUCAUCUACUCGAUCGGACACUCGGAAGCAACAUACGAAGAGGCGUCAGCGGCUGUCGCUGCAGGUGCGACAAUGAUCACUCACUUAUUCAACGCUAUGCGACCUCUGCACCACCGGAAUCCCGGUAUCUUCGGUGUCUUGGGUGAAGCAGAAAGCUUGCCCCGCCCCUAUUUUGGCAUCAUCGCCGACGGGGAGCACUUACAUCCCACAACCAUCAAGAUUGCCUUCAAUGCUCAUCCGGAUGGUUUCAUCCUCGUCACAGACUCUAUGCACCUAGUGGGUCUCCCAGAUGGCGCUUACCAGUGGACCAACGGCGAGAACACGAGUAACAUCUUAAAGAAGGGUAAUAAAUUGAUCUUGGAGGGCACCGAUCGAAUUGCUGGGAGUUCGAUAACACUCAUCGAAUGUGUAUCUAACUUCCUCAAUUGGUCUGGCGCAGGCAUACCCCAAGCGCUGAAGGCCGUCACAUCGACCCCAGCCGCAAUGCUAGGGCUACAGGGUAUCAAGGGCUGCCUCGAUGACGGCGCAGACGCGGACAUGGUCGUCUUAUCUGAGAAGCAUAAGACGGAUGGCAGUGUCGAGCUCGUCGUGGACGAGGUCUGGAAAUUCGGAACCAAGGUUUUUAGCCACUAAUGCUCAGCUAGAUAUGCUCAGGAAUGGUAAGAAGAGGGGAAAAAAGUCAGAAAUAAAACGGCUCACGAGACACUUAGACUUGAUGAGAUAAUUUGUACAUAAAGAAUGGUUAUGGAGUCAGGUGGUCUAUUCAUAGCAACGUAGAAACGUUGUCGCGACUGGGCUCAUACACAUACAUGGUAGACUAUAAGGAUUUGAUAUACCCCAAGUAGCUUUGUUGGAAGAGAUAACUAUUAGAGGUACUCCGUUUAAAGAGCUUUAUUAAUAAACA